AUUUUUUAAUUUGUUAAGAUAACGCAGUUGCAGAGCAUCAGCAACCGGUGGGGGAACUUUGGCUGUUAAAGUUGGCUUUUUGCGUGUUUGGUAUCGGCGUGGGCAGCUGCUUUCUGGUGAGAAGGACGCCAACCAGGGCAGUUGUGAUCUCUGCCAAACUGUACCGAUUGGUGUAAAAGUAAGUUCAAAUCAACGAAAUGUGAGUUCUUCCCAGAAAAAAAAAAAAAAAAAAAAUUCGGGAGAAAUGGGCAAACGAAAAGUAUUCAUUUUGUUUGAGUAAAAGAAGCUCCUUUACUGGUUUCCUUUGUUACACUGGAAUAUGGUUCUAAGAGGGUAAAGUUUCAGUGGAAGAGAGGUUUUGCGGCUUUUGGUUGGUUUGCGCUGUGGAAUUUUGGUGGAAGCUGAGUUUGCUCGUGUUUAAGAGGAGAUAGGUUGGGUUUUGCAUCUAGGUUUUGCUUUUUUGAAGUUGGGAGGAGUUUCGCCGGAAAUGUGGCUUCUGGUCUUUGUUAGCCAUGAUGAGAGAUGAAAUUCUCUCUUGGAUUUUGUCUCUUAGACAGUUAAAGCUUGCUCUGUUUCAGUUUAAUCUGAGAUAAUUUGGUUUUUCGCUCGUGUUCUUGUGGUGGAAUGGUUUUUGAGUGUUGGAAGUUUGGUUAAGUUCGGAUGGAGAAGGGAGGGAUUUUCCCGGUCUUCUGGUCCCGCUGGAUGCUAAGCUUGCUGCCAUUAAUGCCAUGGUUGGAUGUGAGUUCUUCCAAUCUUUCGCCCUCUGGUAUAAACUACGAAGUUGUUGCAUUGAUGGCUAUAAAAAUGGAGCUUAACGACCCCUAUAAUGUUCUGGAGAAUUGGGACAUAAACUCUGUGGAUCCAUGCAGCUGGAGGAUGGUCACUUGCUCUGCAGAUGGAUUUGUUUCUGCUCUGGGCCUUCCCAGCCAAAGCUUGUAUGGGACUUUAUCUCCAUGGAUUGGAAAUAUAACAAAUCUGCAAUCUGUGUUGCUGCAGAAUAAUGCAAUUUCAGGACCCAUUCCUGCUACCAUUGGAAGGCUGGAAAAGCUCCAGACACUGGAUCUUUCCAAUAACCAUUUCAAUGGCAGCAUACCUGACUCCUUGGGAGUUCUGACAAAUCUGAAUUACCUGCGACUGAAUAAUAACAGCCUCUCUGGACCCUGCCCAGAUUCUUUAUCUAAUGUCAAAGGCCUCACUUUGCUGGAUCUUUCAUUCAACAAUCUCAGUGGACCAUUACCAAAGUUGUUUGCUAGGACAUUCAACAUUGGUGGAAAUUCUUUAAUAUGCGCACGGAACUCUGGGAGCUGGAGCAACUGCUCUUCUGUGUCUUUGAAUCCCAUUUCAUAUCCUCCAGAUGAUCUAAAGGGCAUCUUGGAUUUCUCAGCUCAGUCGCAGCAUGGAGCCAUGAGAAGCCGCCGCAUAAUCAUUUUCUUUGCUGCAAGUGUUGGAUCUUUGUUAUUUGUAGUUCUUGUGGUUAUGUUUAUUUGGUGGCACCAGCGAUGCAAUCAGCAAAUUUUCUUUGAUGUGAAUGAGCAAUAUGAAUCAGAAGUGCGAUUGGGCCAUUUGAAACGGUAUUCCUUUAAGGAGCUUCGGAUGGCUACUAAUCAUUUCGAUCCGAAAAACAUAUUAGGGAAAGGAGGAUAUGGAAUUGUUUACAAAGGUUGCCUUAGAGAUGGAACGCUUGUUGCUGUUAAAAGACUGAAAGAUUACAAUGCUCUUGGUGGAGAAAUCCAAUUUCAAACUGAAGUUGAAAUGAUUAGCUUGGCUGUCCAUCGCAAUCUACUUAGGCUUUAUGGGUUCUGUACGACCGAGAAUGAGAGAUUGCUCGUCUACCCUUACAUGCCAAAUGGAAGUGUUUCUUCUCAACUAAGAGAACAUAUUCAUGGAAGGCCAGCUUUAGGCUGGUCAAGGAGGAAAGGGAUAGCACUGGGAACUGCAAGAGGAUUGCUUUACUUGCAUGAGCAGUGUGAACCAAAAAUAAUUCAUCGAGACGUAAAAGCCGCCAAUAUCCUUCUCGAUGAAGAUUUUGAGGCAAUUGUCGGCGACUUUGGGCUGGCCAAGCUUUUAGAUCACCAAGAGUCACAUGUAACCACCGCGGUGCGAGGAACAGUUGGUCACAUAGCACCAGAGUACUUAUCCACAGGCCAGUCAUCAGAAAAAACUGAUGUUUUUGGCUUUGGGAUUCUUCUUCUUGAGUUGAUUACUGGUCAGAAAGCUGUAGAUUUUGGACGAGCUGCUAACCAGAAAGGAGCCAUACUUGAUUGGGUAAAGAAACUCCACCAGGACAAUACACUAAAUAUGAUGGUUGACAAGGACCUGAAGAACAACUACGACUGGGUCGAGCUCGAGGAGAUGGUUCAAGUGGCUCUCCUUUGCACACAAUACAAUCCAACCCGGCGGCCAAAGAUGUCCGAGGUGGUCCGAAUGCUUGAAGGAGAUGGCCUCGCCGAGAGAUGGGAAGCAUCAAUGAAGCUCGACACGCCGAAGUCUCGAUCCUCGGAGCAACCUCAACCGAAAUAUCUGGACUUUGUUGAGGAAUCAUCGCUUGUCGAAGCAAUCGAGCUAUCAGGACCCAGAUGAUACUGAUACAUGAGGCAUAUAUAGCAUUCAAUUGUACAUUUCAUCUGAAAGGUUUGAUCCUUAGAUGUUGCUGUGAGGUCUGGUUUUUCGGAUUGUGGUUUUCAUAGCAGUUUGCUUUGGCUUCACAAGUAUUCUUGUCUUGUACAGAAGGACAUUAUUAUAAAUGAAUUUUGACAUGUUAGCUGGAGCUAAA